CCACCAGACCAGAUAAACAAGCCGGCCUGUCAUUGUUGCUGCUUUCUGUAACUAGGAAGGGAACUCCCUUGGAUCCCUCCCAAGAGCUGGAAUUCUGAAGCACACAGACCAGUCUAGACUGGAGACCAGAUGAAGGCACUGUGCAGGGACUUGAUGAGGACUCUACUGAUGACCAUCCUGGCUGCAGGAUCCCUGGCUGCUCAGUUGGCUGAGGAUGCCUCAGAUCUCCUUCAGCACGUGAACUUCCAGUCCAGCAACUUCGAGACCAACCUGACAUGGGACAGUGGAACAGAGAAUGCCGUGGACACAGUCUACAGUGUUGAGUACAAGGAAUACGGAGAAAAAGACUGGCUGAUUAAGAAGGGCUGCCAGCAGAUCACCAGGAAGUUCUGCAACCUGACCAAGGAGACAAGCGAAUUCCGGAAACCCUACUAUGCCAAAGUCACCGCCAUCAGCACAGGAGGCCGGUCAGUCAGCAAGAUGACACCGAGGUUCAUAUCUCUGGCACAGACUAACAUAAAUCCACCUGAUGUGACAUGUAUCCCCAAGGUGAGAUCCAUCCAGAUGGUUGUUCAUCCUUCCUUUACACCUGUGCACUCAGGUGUAAAACAGUUAACCUUGGAGGACAUCUAUGAUGAUCUGUGUUACCAUUUAGAGCUCAGUGUCAACCACACCUACAAAAUGACUCAGUCCCUUGAAGGGAAGCAGAGAGAAUAUGAGUUCACUGAACUGACCCCUGACACAGAAUUCAGUGGGACUGUCACAAUUAUGGUUCCCAGCUUGUCCAAAAAGAGCUCCCCCUAUGUGUGCCGAGUGAAAACACUGCCUGACCCGGCAUGGACCUACUCCUUCUCAGGUGCCUUCCUGUUCUUCAUGGGUUUUCUGGUUGCAGUGCUCUGCUACCUAAGCUAUAGAUAUGUCACCAAGCCACCUUCACCUCCCAACUCCCUGAACAUCCAGCCUGUGCUGACCUUCCAGCCUCUGCGGUUCAUCCAGGAGCAUGUCCUGAUCCCUGUCUUUGAGCUCAGCAGCUCCAGCAAUUUGGCACAGCCGGUCCAGUAUUCCCAAGUUCAGGUCUCUCUGCCCAGGGAGCCCCUGGGAGCCCCACAGCUGCACAGCCUGUCUGAGACCACCUACCUUGGGCAGUUGGACAGCUCUAUCCUUCAGCCUGCCAGAAUGCCACCUCACCAGACCCUGUCCUCACUGUCCUAUGCCCCCCAAGCUGCCACUGAGGUCAGCCCCCCAUCCUAUGCACCUCAGGUAACCUCCAAAGCUAAGCCCUCAUUCUACAAGCCACAGCCCCAUCCUGAAGUACAGCCUCCUUCCUACAUGCCUCAGGCCACUCUGGACACCUGGCCUCCUUCCUAUGGGGUGUGCAUGGAAGGUUCUGGCACAGACUCUCCACCUAUGACACUCUGCAGUCCCAAACACCUUGGGUCUGAAGGUCAGCUUUUGCAAGAAGCACCUGCAGGCAGCUACGUUCCAGGUGGCCCUUCUCUGAAGGAGGUAAGUUAUCUGGCUUCAGAAGAGCUCCAAGAAGCAAAAUUCUCCUACCGGCAUCUGGAAAGUCACAAGGAUCCAAAUCUGUUACAUAGAGAGGAUCCAGGGACUCCGGACUACCUAAAGGGCCAGCUGCCUCUCCUCUCUUCUGUCCAGAUCGAAGGCCAGCCCAUGUCCCUCCUUCCGCAGACUGCUUCCCUCCCAUGUUCCCCCACAAACCAGGGUCCAAGUUCCUGGGGCCUACUUGACUCCAUCAUGUGUCCCAAGGAUGAGGGGCUAGUGUCCGAAACUAAAGCCAAGAGUCUAGACUGUCAGGACUCAGAAGUAGAGCCACAAGCAGAGGUGGACUUUGUUUUCAGAGACCUGGCAUUGACUGUGCAGUGGGAAUCCUGAGCAGAGAACUGGGCAGGGCCAGGGCUCCCUCUCUGCAUCCACCCAGCCUCACAACUAUGACUGGCACAACCACAACCAACCAUGCAGCCCUCUAAGCCUAGCCCUUGUUGAGUGCCCUUGAGCAAAAGAGGUCCCUGGUCCCUGCCAAGGGUGAGUGUUCAUGGGAGGAACAGGCCCAGAAAGGCCUCCAGCCAGAGGAGCCGUAGGCAGGCAUCGUGUGUAUGUGCUUGAGCUUAUGCAAUGAGCUCAUGUGUGCAGAAC